AUGGGUAGUAGCUACCCACCCAUUCAAGUGAGCAUUACCAUAUUCAAAAUGACCUACUUUAAUCCUUUGUCCAAAAUUCUUGAUGAUAAUCGUUUGACUGGACCAAACUAUGUGGAUUGGAAGAGAAAUUUAACAGUUGUCCUCACUGUUGAAAAACUUAACCAUGUCCUAACCACUGAUCCACUUGCGCUCCCUAAGGCGGACGCCACUGAUAAACAACAUGAGGCUGCUAGGAAGUGGCAUGAGGCGGAUGAUGUUGCAAAAUGCUGUAUAUUGGCCUCAAGGACCAAUGUGUUGCAAAAGCAGCAUGAGGGUGUUCCUACUGCAAAAGACAUGAUGGUUAAUUUGAAAGAAAUGUUUGGAGAACAUAGCAUAAGUGCAUGCCAAAUUGCCAUGAAAGCUUUGAUGUCCGCUAAAAUGGUGGAAGGUACUCCAGUACGGGAACAUGUUUUGAAAAUGAUAUCUUUCAUUAACAUACUGGAAAAUUUGGAUGUAAAUAUUGAUGGUGAAACUAAAAUUGAUGCAAUACUUUCAGCUUUACCAGAUUCUUAUAAUCAGUUUAUUUUGAAUUACAAUAUGAAUAAGUUGAUUGUUGCACUAUCAGAGCUGCUCAAUAUGUUGCAAUCAACAGAGGAUGUUAUUAAAAAAGGUAACCCACUAUGA